UGCAAGGGACUAGCCGAGAAACGGCGUCAGCAGACACUCACCUGCAACUCGUCGCCUCGACCAGCCGUCGUCCAGGCGCCGCCGUCCGAGACAGCCGCCGCCUGACAACCGGUUUCCGCUUUCCGACGCCACUUGACCGCCGUCUGCCUUGGCCAAGCCAACGUCGUCGCGUCGCCCUGUCCCGCCUCGCCGUUGUCGUCGCCGUCGCCGUCGCCGUCCAAACCGGUCUCCGCCGAAAUCGGCGCCGCCUCGGCUGUCUCGUACAAUUGCAGCUGAUGUCCGGUCGCCAUGACGACGGUGGGCAGACGGCGUCGCGCCAGUUGCUGCUUCCGCGACUGGCGACUGGCGGCGGCGGCCGACAGGAAGCCGGGCGGACACCAGACGCCGGCGGUGGCGACUCGUCGCCCGAGAGACAGACGCUUGCCCGACGGACCGUCCGCACCGGCCCGACCGGCCUGCGAGCACGAGGCCUGGCUGUGCAACACCAGAAAGACGAGCACCAGCAGCGCCACUGCGACGAGAAGAAGAGGAGAAAAAGUGUGUCUUCAUUCGCACAAUUAGUUGCCACCCGAGCCGCCAGCCUCGGACAGGUCGUCGCGGAAACCGAGCCAACUGGUACCGACGACCUGCCGGCGACGGUAGAGCCGCAGAGACGACGUUACGUUAAAAUGACGAAAUACACGAGACCAACCGGUUUCCGGAUUGUCGUCAAGCGAGUUUGCAUUCCGACGGGCAAGUUGGUUGAAGCGAAUUCGUGA